AUGACGUUCAUACCUGUCGACCAAACGGAUAAAGAAAAGGUUCCUUGCAAGCCUCGUCCAAUAGAUAUCGAGACUAUCGCCAAGUUAAAUCAAGAAAAUAGGCUUUUGCUCAACAGCUAUAGAGAACUCGAAGAAGCCUAUAAAGCACUAAAUGAAAAUUUCAAUCACCUGUCCGAGACCGGUGAAGCGCCAGAAUUAACCAUACGCUUCCAAGAAAAAUGCGAAGAAAACAAAAAACUUACAAUACAAAACGACAAGCUUCAAGCUUGUAUAAAGAAACAGAAAAGCGUCGUUGAAGCACAUAGACAGCUUGAGGAAUUACUCGAGCAGAAAGAGAAUGAAAAUAAAACGCUUCGAGAGACGACCAGUAAGCUAUCAUACCAGAUAAACGAACUUAAUGCAUCUCUCAGCAAACAAUCCGAAUCGGCUGCAGCAACAGCCGACUAUCCCCGUAUUGUUGCCGAGCUAACUCAAAAGUUCCAAGGUCUAUAUGAGACGAUGCAGGAACAGGCGAAAGAAGCAGAGAUACAAGCCGAUGAGAACAACAAACUCAAGCUAGAGAACGAGAGUCUAAACGAAGAACUCGAGAAUUUACGGAAACUUCAUAUCGAGCUUACCGAAAAGUUUGAAAAGUGCGAAAAGGUCAUUAAGGAUCUCAACAAAAAGAUCGAAGAUUGCGAUAAUCGAAAAGACGAGUUUACUCACAUGUUCAAUGAACAUAGAACACUCAAACUAAAGUACGAAAAACUUCGAGCAAAGUAUUCGAGUCUCGAGGACGAGUCUAAUACCAUAGAUGGCAAGGAAAUAGCGACCGAGUAUGUCAAGGUUCUUUCCGUCAACAAGGAGCUCGGCGGCCGUGUUACUACUUUGGCCGAUGAAAUGGAGUCUAUAAGAAGAUUAUCGGACGGGCUACGAAGAAGAAACGAAAACCUCGAGAAUGAAACUAGGAUGUUGAAGGAGGAGCUACUUGUUGCUCAUGCUGCUCUCCAAGCAACGAAACGUCACUCCACGGAAAGUUGUCAUACAUCGGUUGAACUUGUGAAGCAAAUAAAGUCAUUGCAACGAUCGCUACAGGUCUUUACUUCAGUCAAGGGUGCCGAUUUUACAAUUAAUAAGGAAGCUAGUAUGAAGCUAUUGAGAGAAUAUGACGACUAUUCCAUAGUAGACGGACAAUUUCCAAAGUUGCUUCUCAGCUGUGUUCUUCAACGGAAAGUGCUUGAGCUUAUCUUUGAUUAUACUAAUGACUUCUUCAAGGGAACUAUUUCCAGUUUUGACAAAGUCAAUAAUGGUAAUAGAAGUAGAAUAGCGCUUACACAUCAUUUGGUCAAUUUGACCAAUAACGUUUCUGUCGUUCAAGCUGGUGGUGAUAUCGAUCCAUCCAAGAUCAGAGAUGUCAAUUAUGAUUCUCUGCGGUCGCAUAUAUUCGAGAAUGUUAAGCCGCUUGUUGAUAAAAUACUUUCCGUGAUGAAUGACUGUCGAAGUAUUAAGAGCUCCAGAAAAUCCAGAUUGUACGAGGAAGUCAUCAACCUUGUGUUCAAUGCUAUCUCGCUGUAUGCCUUCCCUACAAAUAGUCAGCGUCCAAUGUUGGAAUUUGUAUUCUUUGACAGCGGGACUCUGUUUGACGAGCAGAAGAUGGAAGGAGCAUGCGGAGAUGAUAUUUCUUCUGAUAGAGCGGAGAUUGCCGUCUGUUAUUUCCCGCUGGUAAAGUCUCCCAAUUCUGAUGUUGUAUUUAGUAAGGCCGAAGUGAGAAUGCGGGAGAUAUCAAUAACAACCAAUUGA